CAGCUUUAAGGUCAGUCGCCACUCCCACCGCUAGGGGGCUCUAUACUAUGGACAGUGUUGCCUAGCAACAGAACUCAAACUUUUUGCAAGGUCCUUUAACGCCAACAUUUCCCCGACUGUUGUACCACUGUGGAUGAGACUCUACCAGUAAAACACACAGAUGAGGGUCGAUGUUUCCCCUGUUUCUGUUCAAACUACAGGAUGAGUGCAGGUCGUGCGUCUGAAGGAGCGGGAUGUAUCACCUGGUGGGGCUUCAGUCCAGCCCGAAACCUGCUCAGAUUGGGUCCUGUGAAAUCUGAUGGAGAGAUCAAUGUGCUGCUAGUUGGCAGUGGGGACCCAAGACAUAUUUUAAAGACCGUUGUGGAAUGUCCAGAGAAGCAAAAUCUUCAUAUAUGGGUGGUUGAAAAUAGCAUGGAAGUUGUGGCUCGGCAGCUGCUGCUCCUCUACCUCACUCUUAUUCAACAGGAAAAGAUGGGAAUUAACGAGAAGACAGAAGUUUUCUUGGAGCUUUUUGGAAACACUGAAAUCCGCAGUCAGACAGCAGAGACGCUCCGACAAGCUGCAUCACAGCUCAUUCUCUCUGUUACUGAAACAACGGAGGAUGCCAUGCAUCCCUGCCUGAACACAACGAUUCUUAAGUUUAGGGAACGAGAUGAACUAGCCAGGAUAUUUAAGCUAUGGAUCCAGCAACCUUCACCUGCAGAUUCUGCUCCAGCCAUGAUGCCCAAAGCCUGGGAUUAUCGGGUCAGACAGCAUCUUGGUACCCGUUACGACUCCAGGAAGGGACAAUUUGACUGGGACCUUAGAAUGAAGCUGCAUGAGAAGGGGUGUGGUGUCAUCAGCAAACAGCAGUACAUGCAAUGGAGAGAAAGGGGUCUGGCGUUUGAAAUGAGGGAAGCUGUCUACCAAAUACCCAAUCCUACUUUACUUUCCAUAAGAGUUUUUAGUCAAAAGAAAGGAGAAAAAGUUGGCGUUAGAGGCUACUGGGGAGAUAUUGUUUCCAGUCCUUAUCUCUCUUUUGGUGUUGAAUCUGACGACAAGAGCCUGCUGAUAACACAGAAUGGGCAACACCUCAAGACAGCCCAGGAUAUCUCUUUUGCAAACAUGCAAGGACUGUUCCAGUUCCUGUCCAGCAGAUGGGGCUGUGUCACUACUUCUCCUUCAGACACAGAGGCAAAGAAGGAGCCUACACUGAGUCAGCAAAAAUCUCUCCGUGUUAAUAAUUUGAUGCUCCUCAGUGGGGUCUCUGUGACGUUCCUGCCAUUGGACUCUCUUCAAAAGCUGCCACACAAGCAGAAAUACUGCCACUACUUCAACACCAUUUACUUCUCUGCCAACUGCGUGCACCAGUUGGGCCCCAUGAUGAGACAGAUUGCUGCAGCAGACGCCGUGCUUGUCGUGGAGCUGGCCAAGUACAUCCUGGACCUGAACAAACAGCAAAAAGCGGGCUUUGGGGAGAAGGUGGCGAGCCUGGCUCUAGAGGCAGGAUUCAAACCCUGCCGUGAGGACGCCACCGAUGGCGUCCACGCAGUUUUUGUUCAGCAGAAGAAGUGAAGAGGGUUUGCUUCCUCACAGCUUUGAAAGCUGCUUCUGUUUUGUAUGUGGUGCAUACUCUGUUUUAUUGUAUGAAUGAUAUAAAGCACCUACAUUACUGCGGUCCCAUUCAUAUUCUUUGGACUCCUUUCACAUACUUUGUUCAGUUUGAACAAUUAAACUGUUAAAACAUUUAAUUCAUUCAGUAAAUGUAUUUCAUUUCAUAAAAUAUUUAGCAUUUUUAGCAGAAUAUAUUUUUCACCAUAGAAAAUGAAUUGAGGAAGCUUGCAAUCACUGAAAUACCUGAAAACUAACGACGUCCGCGUACUUUCAGCUGGAGAAACCAUUUAAUCCUUUGAAAAAAAUCAUUAAACUAUUUCAGGCAGUUUUUGGUUGUCCAAGUCUGCUUUUUAGUCAAAGUCACUGAAUGUCUGUAUUCCUAUUUACUACUAAAUUAAAAUAAAAGAAAUAUGGUUGA